AUGUAUGCAUCACAAUUUGUGUCUUGUUUCAGUUUUGCACAUGACUCAAUGAUGCAGCAGAACGUUGCCAUUCCAGUAGAUGCUGCAUAUGACUCAAUGACGCAGCAAAAUGUUGCCAUAAAGAAACUCAGCCGUCCCUUCCAGAAUGUGACACAUGCAAAACGAGCAUAUCGAGAAUUUAAACUUAUGAAGCUUGUCAACCAUAAAAAUAUCAUAGGGCUUCUGAACGCAUUCACACCCCAGAAGUCACUGGAGGAGUUCCAGGAUGUGUACCUCGUGAUGGAGCUAAUGGACGCCAACCUGUGCCAAGUGAUCCAAAUGGAUCUUGACCAUGAGCGUAUGUCUUAUCUUCUCUACCAGAUGCUCUGUGGCAUCAAGCACCUGCACUCGGCAGGCAUCAUCCACAGGGACCUGAAGCCCAGCAACAUUGUAGUGAAGUCAGAUUGCACUUUAAAGAUCCUGGACUUUGGACUAGCACGAACUGCAGGAACUACUUUCAUGAUGACUCCGUAUGUUGUUACACGGUACUAUAGAGCGCCUGAAGUUAUUCUUGGUAUGGGCUACAAAGAAAAUGUGGACAUCUGGUCUGUGGGGUGCAUAAUGGGAGAAAUGAUCAGGGGAGGUGUGCUCUUUCCUGGCACUGAUCACAUCGACCAGUGGAAUAAAAUCAUUGAACAACUGGGAACGCCAUCACAGGAUUUUAUGAAAAGGUUGCAGCCGACUGUGAGGAACUAUGUAGAGAAUCGACCUCGUUAUCCUGGUUAUUCAUUUGACAGACUCUUCCCAGAUGUGCUCUUCCCAUCAGAUUCUUCAGAGCACAACAAGUUGAAAGCUAGCCAGGCACGUGACUUGUUAUCUGGAAUGUUAGUGAUUGAUCCAGAGAAGCGGAUAUCUGUAGAUGAAGCCCUGUUGCACCCAUACAUCAACGUCUGGUAUGAUGAGGCAGAAGUAAAUGCGCCUGCCCCAGGUCCAUACGAUCACUCCGUAGAUGAACGAGAACACACUGUAGAACAGUGGAAGGAACUCAUCUAUCAAGAAGUAAUGGAGUAUGAAGUGACACAUGGCCACAAUGCACUGAGUUCAGCUCAUUGUGCGCCUCGCGCUGCAAAUAGUGAAGAUGGUGAUGAGCUGGCUGAUGGGCAACGUGCUGCUCGGCGGUAGAGUUCACAGUCGUCCUCGCCCAUGUCCAUGAAAGUUGACAACUGCACCCUCACUGCUCGUUGCACCGCGUGCGCGCAGAGGGCAGUGGUUCAGAGACCUGCACCUGCCCUCUCUUGUUACAUUUUGAAAAGUAAUUUUUAGAGUAUUGUUUUGAUUUCCAUUAGGAGGAGGGGUGGAGAAAUUGGAAAGGGGAGAGGAAACGAGAGGGGGCUUGGAGGAUAGUUCACAGGUGGGUGUCAGGUUUAGGUACACAAUUCCACUGUCCCUGAUCGUUAGUGGAACUAUUUCCAAAUCGGUGACUGUUGUUCACCUUGCUUGUUGCACAGAGCACUACCAUAUUGGGGCCGCUCUGUGAUCUCUUCAUUUGGUGGAUAUGACAUGCCCCUUCCUGGAGUAGCUUUUUUGUUUUGAGGGGGGAUGUUGAUAAUGUCCUGUUGAGGCUGAGCAUUUGCUCUGGUUUGUUUGGGUUUUUUAGUACUAGUGACAUCUUGUGUAUUAGUACAAAACACACACAUGUACGAAAAAUAAGUCCAUAAGAAGAAUUGCAUUUCACUCUUUCUCAACUUUUUGAAACUAGGAUUGAACCCUAAUUGAGGUUAAAUUCUGUGUUUAAAUGUAAGUUUCACAAACCGAGUUGAUAGCUAUUAAUAUAACCUGCAGAUGUGGGUAGCGGUUAGUCUAGGUUCCAGUUUUACUUUUUAUCAUUUACCACCAAUGUAACUUGCAUGAACUGUUGGAUUGGUCGUGUGAAACAUACAUGUCUAAGCAUAUAGCGUAAUAAAGGGGCAUUUUCUUGGGUUAAACAAAAAGGAGAUGGAAAUUAGGGAUACAACUUUUGUUCUUGCUUUUGUCAGUACAGUACUUUUCCCCAAGUGGUAUCAGUCUGUAGUAUUGUGCAUCUAUUUUUUGAUUGCUAGUUGUAGGUCUUUUGGAAAGAGCAUGAUAAGCCUUGUGAGAAGAAUGUGGACUGUAUAGUGCAUCUGUUACAAUACUUUUUUAUCUCCGUAAUAAAAGUUUUACCAUAAAAUUCAAGUGACAGUGUGUGCUAUCAAGGAACUUGUACUUUUCUUCCAAAAGUAUAUGAAUAUAUAUAUAAAUGAAAACAAACAAUAUGUGUGCAAGAUUAUAUAAUGUAUAACUAUAAAUAUAUGCAGUCCGGUCCAAUGAAAUUUAAUUUUUAUGUGGUGAAGAUGGAAACACUGCGAAGUUACUGACAGUUGAAUUGUGUGCGUGAAUGUCUGUUGCAAUUCAUCUUUAAGGGAAGAAAGAAGUGAGUUAUUAAAUUUUAGAAGUACUGAACUUAACAAGUGCCCCUAUCCUUUGUUGGUGGAAAGAAGAAAGAUGUUUGCAGGAAAAAGUGAUUUGUUUGUUAUUUUAAUUUUGUUGAUAUUUUUAUAAUAUUUUAUUUUACAACCUCAUAGCCAUAAACAGAAUUGACAUUUUUAUUUCAUAUUUUCCUGCAUUGCUGUCUGUGAUUAUAAUUUCCUGAGGGUUAGCCCUUUCAAGGGGGUAGUGCUGGUCCCUGGUCCUUAUCAAAGAAUCUCUUUGAGUUCUGAGCUUCUGUUGUUGACACUUGUGAAGUUGCAAUUUGCUCUAUUGUAGACAAGUGAAUUUCUUUAAAAGGUCAAGAGUUUCCAUGCAACUGAUACUACAACUCUUCUGCCUCUUGGUUGUGGCAGAGAAAUUGAUGCUAGUUGGAUGGUAAGAGAAAUUGAAGAUGAAGUUCAUAAUGACUGCAACAACAACAACAAUAAGAAGAAUAAAAAAUAAAAAAUGUUUUUCAGAGCGGAUUUUCCGCCUGUGUAUAUACAGUUCUGCUCCGGUCCUUCUGUGAAUAAGUAUGUAAAUCAUAUUAAUUAUUAUAUACAUAAUGAAUAUAUAACCCAUGUAGUGUCACAGGAAAUUACGUAGAUACAUUUUUAAUUCUUUGUUUUGUGUGUGACCUGGGAAAAUUGAAUACGAGAGAACAGGAAAUUGUAUCUUAACAUGUGUUAGUCGAGUUUCAAUUGCCUCAGUGCUGUACUUAUUAGGAGGGUAAAACUUAAAACCAUCCCCAGAUAAUGUUAUGAGUAUUAUACUUAGGUAUUUUACCAAUACUUUUGUAGCGUGUAGGAAAAUUUGUGAAUAUGGCUUUGUUUAUUAUGACCCAACCAUAUUGCUCAGAAUUAUCCAAAAAGAAAAAUAAAGAAAACCUCGAGGUGCAAUAAGUUGUAGAGUAAAGGGGUUUCUUGCUGAAGCCUGCCUGUACAAGACUUUCUUCAUGCUGGAAAUGACCAGAUCGGUUGGUUUAACAGUCUGUGUUCUUUCAUAAGGGGUAUGUGGUUGUACUUGUAAAAAAUAAUGGUGUUAUGCUGUGGUAUUGUGUCAGAGUGCACGUCGAAAAGUGUUGUGCCCUGUGCUUUUAACAAGGUGGAAUAGUGCAAUAUUGUUGUGGCUCUGACAUGAGACGUGAGCUAAGCUGCACGUUUGAUGCUAGUGCUAGUGCUGUUAACUCUGACUACUCUGACCCAGAGUCCCAGCAAUGCUCGAGUCUUGUGUAUUUGAAUUGUAUGUAUUUAUGCCUUACAGUAACUGCCUUCUGUUCUUAAGAAGGCUGACUAUUUUUGAUGUUUUUAAACAGAUACAAGUGAAUGAGAAAAUUCUAAUUAUGUGACAUUUGUGUUGCAGGUAGACAUGGUAUUUUCAUAUUAGAUAUUUUUUCAGAAUUGUAAUCAAUUUUGGUUUUCCCUUUGUAUUUUGAUAGUCUGCCGAUAUGGAUAAAAUGAUCAACAGAUAAAAGAAACGUUAGCAGGAUUUGGAGAAGUGUAGUAUUGCAUCUUCAGUAAAUGUGGAAUAUGAGGAUUUUGAUAUUUGAUGCAUCAAAAGGUGUGAGUUUGUGCUGAUCAUUUUGAAUUUUUUCUAAUGGAGCAUUGCAAUACUUAAUCUCCUAACUGCUAGCAAUAUGACUGUUGUAAAGUUAUUAAAAACUAUGAUUCAAUGAUAAGUUUUGAUCACUUAACUUGAGGCAUCAUGGGAGGUCUCUUGCAAGGCUAAUGAAUGAUCAAACACCAAAGCGUUUCAACUUAUGAAUGUCAUCGUCUCCUUUGAUUCAUAAAAAAAUCAAAUGUAUUAAAAUAUUUUGUUCUUAUUUUUUUCUUACAUUUCAUGAAUAUUAGAAAAUGGUUUUUCCUAUGUCCAAACAUCGAAAUACCAAUAACAAUAACAUAAUAUCAAUAAUAAUAUUAAUAAUAAUAUUGAUAACAAUAAUUAUGAUGGGUUGAAAUGUGCAAAUAAUUUGUGUGUUGUGUGUGUCCGUACUACUGGGGCUGUGCAAUGAAAGAAAACCAGGUGUGGAAACUCCAGUGAGAAUAAUAGCUUAUGUUGCAGUUAGCUAAAUGUUUCUCUUCUUUUUUAAAUAAAUCCUUGGAACAGUAAUUGAUAUUGGAAAGAGAAGUACACAUGUUACUUGAUACAAGAUAUCUUUCUUGUGACUGUCUGAAUGAAUUCCUAAUUUUCUGGGAGGUUUUUGUUUUUGAAACUGUUGUGAAUACGAUGAUUCAGUGCAAGAAGUUUCAUUCCAUUUACAUCUAUAGAUGCCAGGAGUAAUUUGUUAAUGAAAUGACAGCUUAUUUAUUUCCUAAUCCUCUGGUAACAGUGAAGUGAAGUGAAGUGGUUAAGAUAGGAUUUGUAAUUUCCUGUGCAGAAGCAACCAACUCCUUUGGAACUGAAGAUUUUAAAACACUGGUCAUUUUCAGAUGUGAUGUUUGUAAUUUAAAUAGCAAGUUUUCAUGGAAUUUGUUAAUAAAUUCAGGUGACAAAUAAUGUUAAUAAUUGUGAAUUUUAAAAUAUUAACUACUUUGUAAAUUUUUGUCUGGGGUAUUGUCAAAAGGAUGAAACUUAAAUGUACAAUCCAUAGAAAAUGCUUCUAGUGUUUUCCAAUCUUCAUUUCAUAAGUUUCCAAAGCAAUUCAGGUUAAAAUCCCAAAUUGAAACAAAAACUAUGGGAUACUUCAUGUAACAUAAAGAAAACAAAGAAAAAAAAUUGAGUCUCUUAUUUUCUCAAGUGUGCAUAAGAUUUUUUAUGCUUCUAACUUUUGUACACAUUCAAUUUAAAAUACACAAAAUGUUUGUUUCAUAAGUCAAUCAAAUGAAAUGGAAACUCAACAUAUUUCUUUUCAUAUGGGUCCAUUCUAUUAUGAGAUUAUGAUGAAUUGACUUAAACUAACUUGAAGACAUUGCAAAAAAAGAUAAUAAGAGCAUAUUUUAUAGCUUUAAUAUUCAAUAUGUAUUUUGUACAGAGGCGGUUGAAGGGAUGGGAAAGGGAAUUUUGAAAAAAAAAAACGUUACAAAAACAAUCGAUUUCUCUUGUGGAACACCUCAGCUUGAGUCGCCCUUAGUAGCAGACACAGGGCUGCUGGUAGGGACACUGUAGGAGUCUUCUUGGCUUAGUUCAACAAUGUAUUUAUUGUGUAGUGACUGGCAGAAGGGCGUCAGUGUCCUGAUGGACUUGAUAUCGUGUAAUGAAUGUUGACUGAGAAAUGUGAAACAAAUGUUGGGGUCAUUUAGUUGACUUGCUGGAAGAAAUGUGUGCUUCGGAGUUGGUAUGUAUCCCAAUUGCGAAGUUAUGGUUCAUGCUGGGACUUGUUCCCAUGGCUGCAGUGUUGCUGAACAUGUAAUAGAUGGUGGUUGGUGUAGAGUUUUGAAUGAGAGAAUCGUGCUUUUGUAUUUUUAUCAGACUCCUCCCCUACUACCAGCUCUGCAGUGCCAUUCCUAGACAUAGCAGUUUUACAUGUAUCAGUACAAGAGGCUCCUUAUGAUGGCAGAGUGUACAUAUUGUUAACUUAUAUACUAGUUACUUGUUUUGAAGUGUAAAUUUCAUUGCCAUGUGGUAGUAUGUAUUGUGACUUACGUUGGAUUCUGAUAAGCGUACAAGCAAGCAGCAAGGGUUAACCUGCAUACUUAACUCGGUAUCUAGGAAAAGACCCACUUUUCAAAGCAAAUGGCUGACAUUUUCCUACACAAGGGGUAUUGAAUCUGCUUUUGUGUGCAAGCGUGGAUGUUAACCAAAGCUACCACUAAAUUGAAAUCCACAAAGAUUCCAAAGUGUAAUCAAGAUAGUUAAGGAUGCAGGAACUUGUAUCAAGAGACUUUGGAAAUCCUGGUAUUUUGCAUGUUUUGUGUAUUGAUUCAUCAAAUUGAACUGUGAUAUUUUUAAUUUCCAUUCAAAAUAAACAAUUUUAUAGUUGUGAGGCAUAAAAUUAUGUUCUUCCAUAAUAUAUCCAAAGGUAAAAUUGAAUUACUGUGAGAAUUUUUUUGUAUGUUGACUACUUUGUGAAUAGCAGUUCAGUGGUACAUUUGAGUUACAUUUGAAGAAUAUAUAUUUGUAAGACUACUUGGGUGAAGUUUAAGUUGAGUCAUGUGCUGUACGUAGGUAUACUUCAUUGCGAUGUCAGGAGACAGUAUAUUGUCCCUUGGCUUGCCUGCGCUUGUUGGUCAGUCUUUUCCUGUAGUUGGCUGCGUGUGCCCUAGCCAACGCUAUGAUAGUCUGUAGGGUCGUUAAAUAGAGCUGUUUUCUUUACUAUGUAUUUCUUGAUUGAAACUGUCCAAGUGUCACGAGUCCUGCCAACUUUGGAAAAAAUAAGUCAAGCGUGAAUUUUGACAAAAGUAGUUGUCUUUUUUAAUUAUUUUUAAAGUAUAAAUACAAAUGUAGAAACAUGAAAUAGAUACAAUUUUGAACCUUCAUUAUUUUCAUCGCAAUGUGGUUCCAUGUACUACCAAACUAUUUUGCAUUUACCAAUUAUACAGGUAAUGAAAAUAAUGUUAAAUGAAAUUGAAAAUUGCUCUAAAGUUAUAUAGAUGAGAUGCUAUACUUUUUUCUCUCUUUCCUGUGUGUCUUUUCAAACUUUUCUUUUUCAAUCACCUUUCCCCUAUAUUAACAUACAUCACUUCUAACAGAUCUGCUAGUUUGAUGUUUUUAUUCUAGACCAAAAUGAAUUUUCUGGUCCUUUUGUCCCUGUAAUAGAUAGUAAUCCACACCUGAUACUAGUUUGGGAAUCCAUCUAUAGAAUGUGUUUGUGAGUAAUGGUAGAUAACAUUAACUUUGAGUGUAAGUUAAAGUGUGAUAUUUAGUUUCUGAGAUGUAUAUAUUGUUGUUUCAAAAGCAUAAUUUUUAUUAGAUAAUCAGGUAGAUCUUUUGAUGAUGUAGUUUUUAUCAUAGCGUUUCUUAAUAGAGUUGUUCUAGUAUGAUGUGAAAUAUGUUUGCAUGGGUAGUAAGAGAGUAAAUAGAUCUUUUUUGUAUUGUUUUUGACUUGCAUUCAUCAUCCAGUAAUUGAAUGAUUAUGAAAAUGAUAUCAAUUGGAAUUACCAAAAGAAAUGGUAAGCCUUUUUCAUGAGAUUUCAUAGGUGACUGAUAUAUCCGAUACCUCCAGAAAAUUUUCUUUCUUCAGUUUCAAAUCAUUGUCCUUUCUUCUUUUGACACUACUAUAUUUUCAAUAUUAACAAUACAAAAAUAUUUUCAACUCUUUAACUGAUACAAAAUAAGUGAAAUACUUAAAAGGAAAAUAUUUUAUGAAUAUUAGGUAUUUUACAGUAAUGUUCUAGCAAACAAGAGUGAGAUUUUAAUUACUUUUUUAUUGCUGAUAAUCACAGACCAAUUUACAUUGUUUGAACAUGAAAAGAAAUCUCUCUACAAACAGAUAAUGAAAAAAGUUACAAAAUAACAAUACGUUUUUGGUACUUUGGUCUUUUUUAAAGAAAGAUUACUUAGAAUCAGAGUUUGCUGCCAUUACACUUGUCUUUAUCACAAACGGCUGUGAAAUCCACCACCUUGUUGACAACACAUCCAGACAUCUUGAUUUCAAGAUCAGUUCCAGUCGCGCAUGUCCGGUUGGUCACAACUGUGCCUCCAUCCACAGUGCGGUUGCUCUUUCCGCAGUGCGUGCUGCCCUCUGGACAGGUCUUCACCAGCACGGGCAGAUCCUGGAAGUCCUCCCCGCAGCGCGCGUCGCUCAGCGAACUGCACACGUAGCACUCUAGCGCCCACGCUGCGCAGGCGCAGCCCAGCAGCAACAGUAGCACUCGGCUCAGCAUGGCUCAGCGGCGACGCGGGCACUGCGCCGCGACCGCGAGGACGGCGUUGAAGAUGACGGCGACGGCGGCGGCGGCGGUGGCUCGGGCGCCAGUGGCAGCGAUAGUCGGGGAGCGCUCCAGGCGAGAAGACAGGCUGUGACUAUGCGCGGGGCAGGCGCUGCACG